GCGCAACCCAAUUUCAUAUAUAGCAAGUUUGUGGCCGUCUAUGUUUUUGCUAAGGUCGACUGUGUGAAUCAGAUUAUGGUUUUCUUUCUUUGCUGCUGCGCCAUAAAUCAUGGUUCUUGUCAUCUCUGCUCACAGGGAUAUUAUGAUGGGUGUUGUGGAUAGAUGGGAAACUUCCCCACCAGAAGAAAAAGACCAAGUCCUACAAUUAUUUGUUGAUGAUGUACAACUCAAUCUAAACAAUCUUGCAUAUGAAUCUAAGGAUGAUUUACUUGCAGAUUUGGAAAUCAUCAAAAAGCUUAAUUCAAUAUUCGAACCUCAAAGAAUGAAGCACCAAGAAGAUAUCUGCAAUGUUCUACUUGAUCAAACCAGAGCAAUGCAGGGAAUACUCAAGCCAGAUGGUUUCUCUCCCUGGGUACAUUUUUCUGAAGAUGUUCUUAUUAAACUGAUACAACUUCUAAUGGCAGAUAUGUUAAGCUCAGGAAAAGGCAAAGAAAUUAAGAAGUGGAUGAAACAGAAGAUGGAGGAUGCUGGAAGCAAAGAGGAUAUUUCAAAGUAUCUAUACCGUUCCGAAGAAAAGGAACAGUCUUUAAUUUAUUCAUUACAGGAAAUGGGAGCCGAGGUUGAAAAUCUAAAGAAAGCCAAGCUAGUGGAUAAGAGUCGGGGUUUCAUAAUAGGAAAAUGUCACUCGACGAAGACCGAGACAAAGAAAGACAGGCUCGCCCUAAAGAAAAAAUAUUCGCAUUUGCAGGAGCAAUUGAAAUGCGCAUCAUCUGAGUAUACUAAGUUAUGUGGAAUCGAGCUUCCGUUUGAGGAACACAGUAGAAACGUACGGCAAUGCCUCAGGCGAUUGAAGGAGAGAGUUGAAUGUCAAUUGUACUAAAUACAGGGAUGCAUUACAUGUGGGAUGAACCGAGAAAUGUUGAAUUUGGUUCGUAUGUUUAAUUAAUCUGAAUUAUCUUAAUGUUGAUGGUGACUAGCAAAAUACAUAAGAUAUGGGCCUGGUUAAUUAUUUUAAGGUUUCGGAAUUAUUGAUAGUUUGGUGUAAUUAGUGUGUUCUGGUCCUGCUUACCGGGAAGUUUAUAUGUAAAGUGUGAGACCCCGCCACUCUCAAAAAC